AUGCCCGAUUUCUCCGGCGUUUCUCUCCAGGGCAAGACAGCCAUUGUCACCGGCUCUUCGCGAGGCAUCGGCGCAGGCAUUGCCCUGCAACUCGCCAAGCGUGGCGCAAACGUCGUGGUCAACUACGUCUCCGAGGGUAGCAGGCAGCGCGCAGAGAAGAUCGUCGAGCAAAUACAGCAGGAGGCAGGAACCAAGGCGAUCCUGUGCCAGGCGAGCGUGAUGAACCUCGAGGAGAUUCCGCGGCUGAUCGAGGCCGCUUUGCGGAUUAGCAAGAAUGGGAAGAUCGAUAUUCUUGUUCACAACGCCGCCCUCGGCGAAGAAUCCGACCUCAAGGACCUCAAGCUGGAAAUGUACACCUCCCACUUCGACACCAACGUCCGGGGCCCGAUCUUCCUCACGCAGGCGGCCCUUCCCUACCUCCCCCGCGGCGGGCGCAUUGUCUUCGUCUCGUCUGCCGCUGCGCGCCUAGGCGUCGCAGGCCACACAGUCUACGCGCCAACCAAAGCCGCCAACGAAGCCCUCGCCCGCGUCUGGGCCAAGGAGCUCGGCCAUUCGCACGGCGUUACGGUCAAUUGUGUGAAUCCGGGACCUGUUGCUACUGACCAGUGGUACCAGUCCGAUGAACAGUUCCUCAAGGACAUGCAGCCCAUGAUUGAGGCGACGCCUGCGGCGCCGCGGGUGGGUGAGGUUGAGGAUAUUGCUCCCUUGGUUGCGUUCCUGUGUACGGAUGAUGCGAGAUGGACGACGGGGUCUGUUUUGUGCGCUAAUGGUGGGCUUUACAACUAG